AUGAAUGCAACUACCCACUGGUCAGCCCCAGUUGUGUGGCAUGGCACUUACAAAGAAGAAGUAUUGGAAGAGUAUUAUGCAAAUCAUAAAAUUACUGUGGGGCUAACUGUGUUUGCUGUGGGAAGAUAUAUUGAAACCUAUUUGUUCAACUUUAUGUUAUCUGCUAAUAAUUAUUUUAUGGUUGGCCAGAGAGUCAUAAUUUAUGUCCUGACAGACAACUUCUCCAAGGUGCCUUGGAUAGAGCUGAGUCCCCUCCGUACAAUCAAAGUUUUCGAAAUUAAGCGAGAGAAGAGAUGGCAAGAUGUUAGCAUGAUGCGCAUGAAGACCAUCAGCGAACAUGUUGUAGAUCAUAUCCAAUACGAAGUCGACUUUCUCUUCUGCAUGGACGUGGACCAAGUCUUCACGCAGAAAUAUGGGUUGGAGACCCUGGGGCAGUCAGUAGCUCAGUUACAUUGUUACUGGUAUAAGGCACAUCCUGUACAGGUUCCUUAUGAGAGAAAUCAGUUAUCGGAAGCAUAUAUACCUAUUGGUCAGGGAGACUUUUAUUACCAUGCUGCUAUAUUUGGUGGUACUCCCGUUCAGGUUCUCAACAUUGCCAGGGAGUGCUUCAAAGGAAUCAUGACUGAUAAGAAAAAUAACAUUGAAGCGGUGUGGCAUGAUGAGAGUCACUUGAACAAGUAUUUCUUUCUCCAUAAACCCACUAAACUCUUAUCUCCAGAAUAUAGCUGGGACCGUCGUGUACAACGUACUGGUGAAAUUAGAGCCAUCAAAAUAAUUUGGGCUCUUAAGUAUUAUAAAAUUGUUAGAGCAACACAUAAUGAAUAA